AAUGUCAUGUUCAAAUAAUACAUGACACUGUAAUGUCAUGACCUUUUUCUACUUCUUGAGAGCACUUCCAGCAUCACCAGUGGCACUUCAGAUGGGUCCUGGGUUAUUACUCAGAGUAUAUGGUAUUGCACGAAACACAGUGAAAAAUGUGCUGGAACACAGAGAUCAGUUUUUACUGCCAUCCGCAGUGUACUAGUGAGAUGGACUGUUCACAUGGAGAUGAUUAACAUCACAGGGCACACUAGCAGAUACUUGGGCUCACCACAAUAGCAAUGGGAGGUGACUAUGAAAUUAUUAUAGUAGUUCAAUAUGUACUACAGUUAAUUUUAUGCAAUUGUGAUUGAAUACUGCAUCUUUACAUUUUUACAUUUAUUUUGACUCCGGAUGGCACCAUACACAGUCUAAAGGUGUUUGUAUAAGUUUGGUAAAUUUUAACUUAGAAUAGAUUUGUGUAUAUUUGAUGGUAGUAAAUCAAAUAGACUAAUAUGCUAAUACCUACGUAUAUUUUAUGCAUUCCUGGCAUGCCUUUUUCUUAAUUAGGGUAUGUGGUUCAUCUGCGAGUUUUUUUAAAUUAUUGCAAAUCUUCAAAAUAUUUUUCAAGAUGUUUAUUGAAGAAAAUUCUUCUAUAAAUGGACCCACACAAUCCAAACUCAUGUUGUUCUAGAAUCAACUGAAGUGAGAAGCAAGGCCUAAGCUGUGCCCACAGGGAUGCUGGGCAGCUGGAGAAUUGGUUCGUUGGUCCUCAGGGCAUGGAUCCCAGAGCUGUACCACCAUAAGCACUCUUCAUGAUUUGACUUUUAAAGAAUUAAUUAUAUUGACUGAGAGAGAAGCCCAGAAGAGGAAUAAAAAAGAAAAGGAGUCAGGGAUGGCUCUUACUCAGGGAUCUUUGACAUUCAAGGAUGUGGCCAUAGAGUUUUCUCAGGAGGAGUGGAAAUACCUGGAUCCUGUUCAGAAAGCUUUGUACAGGGACGUGAUGUUGGAGAACUACAGGAAUCUGGGAUUCCUGGCAGGACUCUGUCUUCCUGACCUGAAUAUUAUCUCCAUGUUGGAGCAGGGAAAAGAGCCCUGGACUGUGGUGAGCCAAGUGAAAAUAACAAGGAACCCAAAUUGGGGGGAAUACAUGAAAGAUGUGAUCACAGGUAUCUCUCCUAAAUGUGUGAUCAAGGAAUUACCACCAAUACAGAACAGUAAUACAAGAGAAAAAUUCCAAAUGGUGAUGUUGGAAGGACAUGAAAGCUGUGACAUUGAAAAUUUUUACUUCAGGGAAAUCCAGAAAAAUCUACAGGACCUUGGCUUUCAACAGAAAGAUGGUGAAAUAAAUUAUAAAGAAGUGCCGAUGACCCGUAAAAACAACCUUACUGGUAAAAGACUUCAACAUAGUCAAGGGGAUGUAGAAAACAAGCAUAUUGAAAAUCAGCUUAUAUUAAGCUUUCAGUCACAUCUGGCUGAACUGCAGAAAUUUCAAACUGCAGGGAAAAUUUAUGAAUGUAAUCAAAUUGAGAGGACAGUUAAUAAUGGUUUUUUAGUUUCACCACUUGAAAGGAUUUUUCCUAGUGUCCAAACCAACAUUUCUAGAAAAUAUGGGAAUGAUUUUUUGCAACUUUCAUUACCUACACAAGACGAGAAAACACAUAUUAGGGGAAAACCUUAUGUAGGUAAUGAGUGUGGCAAAGCCUUUAGAGUGUCUUCAAGUCUUAUUAAUCAUCAGAUUACUACAGAGAAACCUUACAGAUGCAAUGAGUCUGGCAAAGCCUUUAAUCGGGGCUCACUACUAACUGUACAUCAGGUAGUCCAUUCAAAAGGGAAACCAUAUCAAUGUGAUGUGUGUGGCAAGAUCUUCAGGCAAAAUUCAGAUCUUGUAAAUCACCAGAGAAGUCACACCGGAGACAAACCCUACAUAUGUAAUCAAUGUGGCAAGUCCUUUAGUAAAAGUUCCCACCUUUCAGUUCAUCAGAGAAUUCAUACUGGAGAGAAACCUUAUAAAUGUAAUCAGUGUGGGAAGUGCUUUAGUCAAAGUUCCUCUCUUGCAACUCAUCAGACAGUUCAUACUGGAGACAAACCCUACAAAUGUACUGAGUGUGGCAAAACCUUUAAACGGAACUCAAGCCUCACUACACAUCAUAUAAUCCAUGCAGAAAAGAAACCAUAUACAUGUGACGUAUGUGGCAAGGUCUUUUAUCAAAGUUCACAACUUGUAAGGCACCAGAUAAUUCAUACUGGAGAGACACCUUACAAAUGUAAUGAAUGUGGCAAGGUCUUCUUUCAACGUUCACGUCUUGCAGGGCAUCGGAGAGUUCAUACUGGAGAGAAACCUUACAAAUGCAAUGAAUGUGGCAAGGUCUUCAGUCAACAUUCACAUCUUGCAGUGCAUCAGAGAAUUCAUACUGGAGAGAAACCUUACAAAUGUAAUGAAUGUGGCAAAGCCUUUAAUUGGGGCUCAUUACUCACUAUACAUCAGAGAAUUCAUACAGGAGAGAAACCUUACAAAUGUAAUGUGUGUGGCAAGGUCUUUAAUUAUGGUGGAUACCUUUCAGUUCAUAUGAGAUGUCAUACUGGAGAGAAACCUCUCCGUUGUAAUAAAUGUGGCAUGGUCUUCACUUACUAUUCAUGCCUAGCACGUCAUCAGAGAAUGCAUACGGGCGAGAAACCUUACAAAUGUAAUGUAUGUGGCAAGGUCUUCAUUGACAGUGGAAACCUUUCAAUUCAUAGGCGAAGUCAUACUGGAGAGAAACCUUUCCAGUGUAAUGAAUGUGGCAAGGUCUUCAGUUAUUAUUCAUGCCUAGCACGUCAUCGGAAAAUUCAUACUGGAGAGAAACCUUACAAAUGUAAUGAUUGUGGCAAAGCCUAUACUCAGCGUUCAAGCCUCACUAAACAUCUGGUAAUUCAUACUGGAGAGAAACCUUACCAUUGUAAUGAGUUUGGCGAGGCUUUUAUCCAAAGUUCAAAACUUGCAAGAUAUCACAGAAAUCCUGCUGGGGAGAAACCACACAGAUGUAGUGAAUGUGGUAGAACUUUUAGUCAUAAAACAAGUCUGGUGUACCAUCAGAGAAGACAUACUGGAGAGAUGCCAUAUAAAUGUAUUGAAUGUGGAAAAGUCUUUAAUUCCACUACAACCCUUGCAAGGCAUCGGAGAAUUCAUACUGGAGAGAAACCUUACAAAUGUAAUGAAUGUGGCAAAGUCUUCCGUUAUCGCUCAGGCUUAGCCCGUCAUUGGAGUAUUCAUACUGGAGAGAAACCUUACAAAUGUAAUGAGUGUGGCAAAGCCUUUAGAGUGCGCUCAAUUCUGCUUAAUCAUCAGAUGAUGCAUACUGGAGAGAAACCUUAUAAAUGUAAUGAAUGUGGUAAAGCUUUUAUCGAAAAGUCAAACUUGGUUUACCAUCAGAGAAAUCAUACUGGAGAGAAGCCAUACAAAUGUAUUGAAUGUGGCAAGGCAUUUGGGCGGCGGUCUUGCCUCACUAAACACCAACGACUUCAUUCUGGUGAUAAACCUUAUAAAUGUAAUGAGUGUAGUAAAUCUUACAUUAGUCGCUCAGGCCUCACUAAACAUCAGAUAAAACAUACUGGAGAGAACCUUAGAACUAAACUGAAUGUGGAAAGGCCUUUAGACAUUGUCCUAACUUCUGAGAUCACCAAAUAAUUUAUACUUACUGAUAUAGCUUGUAUAUUUGUCCCUUCCCUCUGAAAUCCCUAACCUUAAUCUCCAGUAUUGGAGGAGCCUAGUGGGAGGUGAUUGGAUCAUGGGGUGGAUUUCUCCAGAAAGGUUUAGUACCAUCCCCUUAGUGCUGUCCUUGUGAUAGUGAGUUCUGAUGAGGUCUGGAUGUUGAAAAGUGAAUGGCAGGGCCAGGCGCCAUGGCUCAUGCCUGUAAUCGCAGCACUUUAGGAGGCCAAGGUGGGUGGAUCACUUGAGAUCAGGAGUUCAAGAGAGAGCAGCCUGGCCAACAUGAUGAAACCUUUGUCUCUGCCAAAAAUUACACAAAAUUAGCGGGGCUUUGUGGCGGGCAUUUGUAGUACCAGCUACUCGAGAGGCUGAGUCAGGAGAAUCACCUGAACCCUCAAGGCAGAGGUUGCAGUGAGCCGAGAUUGUGCCACUGCACUCCAGCCUGGGUGACAGAGUGAGACUUCGCUUUACACACACACACACACACACACACACACACACACACACACACACACACGAAUGGCACCUCCCUCGUUUGUUUCCCUUCUGGCCAUGUGACAUGCCCACUCCCCUUUCACCUUCCACCAUCAUUUCAACCUUUCUGAGGCUUCCCCAGAGAGUAAGCAGAUGCUAGCACCAUGUUUCUGUAAAGCCUGCAAAAUUGUGAGCCAAUUAAACCUCUUUAUACAUUA